CCCGAAAGCCCCGAGGAUCCACAAGGCUGACGACGAUGAUAUCAUGAUCCACCCGCACUAACUUGAUGUCAUCGGCCACAUAGAUAAACUACAUAAUUGGAACCCUCCAAUCAAUCAUUCAUUUACAGCAAGAUAAUACCACUACUACUUCUACUAUACACAUAAACUUUUUCUACUGCGACUUACCUACAUAUUCUAUCUAAUAUACUACAUACCCAGUGUGUCUACAAUGAAAACCGUUGAUGACACCGCCCGCGAAACCGCCCGAGAAAUGGGCUACAGAGAGCCCGCGUCCACGACCGAUAGCUCGAACGGGAACUCGAUGAUGAACCCCCAUAACUCACUUAAUGAUAUGGCACAAUCGGGCGUGAAGGAGAUGAAGAAUGUGUUUGAUGGUGUGGCAUCGGCGCCGGCGCCGGGGGAUUUUUUGAAUAGUACGUGGGAACAUGUAAGGUCGUUGAUGGUGGGGGGAAGUGAGGAGGAUCAUGGGAAUGGGGAAGAUGGCGGUGUCGAGCCGGCGGAUCCGGAUGAGAUUCGGUGUAUUGAGAACUUGGAAAGGGAGAAGAUUAUUCAGUUCUUGCAGGAGAGGCAUAUGAGUAUGAAUAACUCGGGAAGGGGGAAGAAGGUAUAGCGUUCGGAAAUGCUAUAUGAUCAAAUACAGAAGAUGCGAUAUGGUUAUAAUUGAAUAAUUUCAUGC